AUGGGUCGUUUAUUUAUCGAACAUUUGGGCGGGGAGAGGGUGUUCGUUUGUCAUUGUCAUACUCCACUUACUAAUAGAGAUGAAUUACUAAGUACGCGAUUCACCGGAUCAACCGGGCGCGCUUUCCUCUUUCAUCGUGUUGUGAAUGUUACGUUCAGUGAAAUUCAGGACCGUGUUAUGAUAACUGGUCGGCAUCUGGUACGCGAUGUCCUCUGCAUGAACUGCGGUAAUAAAUUAGGGUGGAUGUACGAGUACGCCAUGGAGGAAAGUCAGCGAUACAAAGAGGGAAAGGUGAUUCUCGAAGAAGCAUUGAUUUUUGAAGUGAAAGAAUAUGCCGAUCCUCUCUCUGAAGACGACGAACUUUUUGCUCCUCCUCAGGGCGCUUGA